AUGGGCCGUCCUUCUGUUCGUAGAUCGCCGAACUGCCGACGCAAAUUCAAGCUGGAGCGCAUUCCUGACUAUCUCCGCGAAACCGUUGAUUGGAUCAUCGGUUCAUGUCAGUUGCAACGGACACACGAGUCGUGUCCUUGGCUCGCCGAACCUCAUUUGACACGGAAGAAGCGCCUGGUUGCUGUCCCGCCAAAAUUCUUAUCUCAAACUUGGUCGGCUUUGCUACACCUUGAACAUGAUGGCCAGCCAAUUCCUGCGGUUGUUGUUCUGCUAUUUCAGUCUUUGUUUGAUCGUGAUAAUGCAUUAAGAGUGUGCCUGAUGACAGCUGAUGUAGUCACUCACCCUCCCAUUAGUGCUUCCGACUCCGGCCGAUUCACUUCUAUUCGAACUGUUCUUGGCGAAUGGAAACAGUUAUUUGAUGGUUGUAACUUUAUCAAGAGAAAAGAACGGAGUCGAUCGCGGCGAAGAGAUGUCAAGGAUGCGAAAACAAAACGUGUCGCGAGCGCUUCCGUAGCUCAGCGGUCAUCAACACGAAAAUCACAGUCAGCCGAACUCUGUGUAUGUGAUUCGAUAGAAGAUCACGUUAUCGAAAAAUUCACCGCUCUUCCUCCUGGGAUUGAUCCACGUGAAUGGCUAGCUACUCACACGUUGGCCUUGUUCGAUCAUGUGAACGCGUUGUGCGGAAGUUUGUCAGAGCUGUGUACACCUGCUACUUGCCAGUACAUGAGUUAUCCGGGAACAACGAAAGCAUAUUACAUCGACGAACGAGGGAAGAGACAUUUGUAUUCAGCAAUGCAAUACAUGGACUGUGUAAUGUCUUUCUGUGAGAAAGCUAGCAGAAGUGAAGAGCUGUUUCCCACCAAAUAUGGGAAUCAAUUUUCGGGUGAUUUCGAAUCCCAUAUUCGACGGGUUAUUCGCCUCCUAUGGCAUUGUUGUGGGCAUUUGGCAUCGAAACACUGGGAUGAAUUAGGUCAACUCGAACUACGACCUCAGUGCGCCCUUGUGAUGGCCCAUCUUGCUAAACUCAGCAAAACAUUCGCACUUCUUGACAGCAAAGAUCAGCAACUCAUUAAUAAUAUGGUACAAACGAUUCGCCCAUCGAACAUCGUGUCAUCCGGUCGUGGAGACGACACAAGCAGUGCUGCGUCGCAACGAUGGAGUCGUGUCCCGUCAUCGAAAAGCGGUAGUUGGGGAGGUCAUCCCACACCAGCCGUACUUACGUGUAAACCCUAUGCACAAACGUGCUAG